CAAAUCAUAGAAUCCUUAGUGAUACUGCAAUUUGAACGUUAACCAGAUGUAUAGACGGUUAGGUGUGUUUAGUAUUUAAUAUAUAAAUUAAUUUAGUACAAAUGUUUAUGACGCUAUGAUGUUGUAGCAUAACUAACAGAAAUUGUAAGAAAAUAAAAAAAGUACACAGCGCCAAAAACAGGCAGACAGACGGACCAAUAUACUCAGCGUAGGCCCGCGCAUUACCCCACUGACCUAUCAGCAAGUUCCACAUUCCAAGAUGGCGGGCGAGGUGUAUUUGCUGUGGCUUUUGCCACUCUUACAAGCGGUGGCGGCGUACGGCGUGGAGCUCUCCUCGGAGGCGUGCCGGGACCUGGGCUUCUCCUCCAACCUCCUGUGCAGCUCCUGCGACCUGCUGGGCCAGUUCAGCCUGGCGCAGCUGGACCCCUUUUGCCGGCAGUGCUGCCAGGAGGAGGCGCAGAUCGAGUCCAGGAAGCACUACCCCGGUGCCAUCCUGGAAGUCUGCGGAUGAAAAUUGGGGCGGUUCCCUCAAGUCCAAGCUUUUGUCAGGAGUGACAAGCCAAAGAUGUUCAGAGGUCUUCAGAUCAAGUACGUCCGAGGCUCAGACCCCGUGCUCAAGCUGCUGGACGAUGACGGGAACAUUGCCGAGGAGCUCAGCAUCCUCAAGUGGAACACCGACAGCGUGGAGGAAUUCCUCGGCGAGAAGCUCGACCGCAUUUAAAGAAUCUUUGGCACUUUCUUUCCCCCAUUUUGUCCACCCUUUCUGAAUCGACUGAUACCGAGGCGUAUCUGCCAGGCCUUAAAUGUGUGUUAUUGUUGCUGUUUAAAUACUUUUUUGUUUGUUUUUUUUGUUUUGUUUUGUUUUUUUUUAGCUCAAGUAGAUUUUUGUUGAUAAAUACACCUUCACAGUGAUUAGCCUUGAUUAGCCCUGUAAAAGUAGUCUUUAUGCAGUAGUUCUGCUCCAUUUCACACUUUGAUAUCAUUUGUAGCGUAGCUCUGUACAGUUUUGUACCGUUUGGGCUAGGAGCUCACCGGCCCCCCCGCGCGUGCUGUUGCGCCUGCAGGGGGCGCACGUCUGUGAGGGCCUCUCAGUAAACCAGCGCUGGGAUGAGAGGCCUGAUGUCCCCCUUGUGCGCUCUCUGGGGCGCUACGCACCGCGGGAGCCGCGAGCUUCCGGUCCGGAGAGAAACCAAUAAAACCGAGGCGUCGUACCCGCU